AUGAAGGCAGCAGACAUCAGAUCCUCUCUGCAGAGACCUCUACAGCACAGAGAUCCACACAUGGCUCCUACAAUCACUGCAGCAAUGACCAACUCUCAGGAGCACCUGCCUCUGACCCACAAGCUCAGGAAGCCUCUGGUGGAGAAGUUACGCAGAGAGAGAAUCAACAGCAGCAUUGAGCAGCUCAAGUCUCUCCUGGAUCCAGAGUUCCUCAAACAGCAGCCAGACUCCAAGCUGGAGAAAGCCGACAUCCUGGAGAUGACCGUUUGUGUGCUGAGACGACUGCAGCAGCAGAAUCGUCAGGCUGUGGACUCAGCAGCUGUUGGACAGGGCUACUCCAGAUGUGUCCAAGAGGUGACCCACUUCCUGCGUGAGGAGCAGGUGGAGGCACAGUCCCAGAGAAGACUGCUGAACCACUUCAACAAGCUGCAGUCUUCCUGUGAGAAGAAGCUGAGAGAGGCUGACUUCUCUCCUCUGAGCUCCACAGACAAGACCAGCAGCAGCAAAGACAAGAGUCCAGUGAGCAGCGCCCCCUGGAGGCCGUGGUAGACUCCUACAGGCUGCAGCUGCUACCAGAGACACUGAGAGGACCACGUUGGUCAAAGAUGACUGGAAAGGAAUUCUUCUCAAUUCUACAAUGUUCUGAAUUUGUUCUUCUGGUUGUACAGAAGUUAUUUUGUCUCUUUUCUUUGAGGAAGCUGAUAUUUCUUGAGGAAAUGACGUCAACUUUAUCUUUCAAGUUGAGAAAGAGAACGUCUUGUUAUGCAUGUUGCAUGAAGCAAAUCUGAUUGCAUCAGCAAUAAUUAUUAUACAUCACUGUGCUUCAUUUAUUGGUGGAGUGGUGAAAGAUAUGGAUACCAAUGGUAUCUUUGAACUGUUAUUGAUCAUUUUGAUCAGAAACUAAAACUAUGAACUCUUAAUCUCUCGGAUUACUGCAAACUGAUCUACUUAUUAGAUCCAAAUGUAAAUCUUUAGUUUUUCUAAUAGAUUUGUUUAAUGUCACAAUUCCUCUGUGAUAUUUUUAUUCCUUAAUGGUUUUAUUCCAUAUCAGUACAAUAUUAUACAUUGUUACUUUACUAUCAAAAAUGUCAAUUGUCCUGAUUAAGGACAGUCAUAAUUGUGUUUUACUCCGUUUAUAUGGAGAAUGAAAAAUGAUCUGUUUUGAGAUCAUCAAGUUCAUCCUUUUAUUGUUAAAGGUUUGUUUAAAGUGACAUUGUCACAGUUUUUCAGUGACAAUGAGAAAUGUAAAAUGUAAGAUUCAGUUGAAUGAAAGAAGAACAUUACUUUCUUUAAGGUCAGUUUUCACUAUUUGUUUUGUUCACCAUGUGGAAAUGUUUAAAUCCAUUAAUAUUUACCAUGUCAGUGAGUACCAUGUCCUCGUAUACUAUAAACUGUUUGUCUUUCAUAAAGACGGUUGUUCCUUUACUCUCUGUGAGUACAGUGUGUCUUGUAGAAAUCUACAGGUUGUUGUUGUUGUUGUGAUGAAUCAUCACCUUUAGAUGGAGUUCGCAUUGUUCGUGUGGCUCAUUGUGACUUUGUUGAAUAAACACACACCUCUAACUGAAA